ACUUGGUUCGAUAUGCUGGUUCGAUACACGACAAUAAAAUUGUUUUCAUGGGUGGACAACAAACUCCUUUGACGUAAGGACAAUAAUACAGAAAUCAUAGCUUUAAUAAUUUAGCAUUUUUAGGACUUCUUGAUUUUUUUCUGUUUGAAAAUGACAUGUUUUCUAAGCGAUGCUGUAUGCACUCGUCACGAAUUGAACCAGAAACCUACUCGCGUGGAUAGCACCAUUGAACCAUGUUGAUGCGUUGUCUGCGUGUUAUCCAAAGUACGAGUAAGCAUUGAAACUUGUAUGGGUAAAGGAAAACUUACAAAAUUAUGGCAGAYUCAGAAGAAACGUUGUUGAAAAAUGAUGUCGCCAUUAUCGAAAGAAACGAUUUGAUCCCWCAACGGCAGGUCAUGAAAAGAGCUCGAAACGUGAACGGUUUCGAAGAAAAGCCGACAGAUGAGAARCGCAAAAAAGAGACAUUUUCUGAUGAUGUGGACGAAAUACAGCUGAGAGACAAGUUACUGGAUGAAAUAUCUUCAAAUAAAUUGUGUUUGGAUUCUGACAGCAUGAUUCACGAUGUUACUGAAUUUGAACAUGGCGGCAGUAAUGAAAGUCAACAAGCACAGAAUCGAAAGAUUAUCAAGUUGGAAGGGGUUUUGCCAAACCURGCACUACCGGAUGGAUGGAUAGCUCUCAACCAUAGGAGUGGUGGAAUUGUCUAUCUUCAUCGAUCAACAAGAGUUUGUACCUGGGGACGACCAUAUUACAUCGGUAAAGGAAGUGUCAGGAAACAUGAUGUUCCUGUUGCUGCAAUUCCUUGCCUGCAUCAAGCAAAAGCACUUGCAAACAAAUCACAAAAAACAAACAAACCUUCAAAUGAGAUCCCACUUGAUGUUGAUCACCAGCCUGGCCAGGGUCAGGGUUUAUCAAUUCUUAACUUUCUYAAUACUGCAGGGUCUAUUGAAGGUGAAACACAKCUUGYGGCUGCUCAUUAUGAAGCAUUUCAAAGCCAUAAACCAACUAUUGAAAAAGCUGCCGAUGGAAAUGUUAAAUCUGGUCUUUCAAUGGAAGUAGUUAAUGAUUAUAAUAAAGAAGAAAUAUGCAACACUUUUGAAUCAAAUUCAUUACAAGAAAAUGGUAAUUAUCAUAUUUUUAAAAAGCUGAAUAUAGUUAAUGAAGAUAGCAGUGAGAAAAACCAAGUUUAUUGCACUGUGAAGAAUGAAAAUGAAGAUGUCGAUGAUUGUCAAGUCAAGAAUGUAGAUGGUGGUCAUGGUGUUAGUUAUCGUACAAGUAAUAUAUGUCCYUGUGAAGAUAGAUAUGAUAAUAUAUUUCAUCCUAAGGAUGGACUUGAUGUUGUYAAUGAGACACUUAACUAUGGAGGAAAGGAACUAAAGAAAGAUGAUGAAAUGAAUUCUGCAAGUAGUAAUGUUCCCAUUCCCAGCAUCGAGCUGAUGUCUCCAGAACAUUUGCAAAGCAUAAACUUGAAAAGCACUCAAAGUGAUCAAGUUAAUCAUGAAAAUUUAAAAAUUCCAAGUUUACAAAGUGUUAGCCUCAAAGGCAGUAGAAAAGMAAUACAUGAAAACAAAGAAAUAUUUUACAAUGGAACCAGUGCAGAGGAUGAACAUUCUCUAGAUGCGCAGACAACAUCUGAUGAUAAUUUUAAAAAGAACCCGAACUUKCCAAAAACUACCCAUCAAACUUCAGGAAUCGAACUUAUAGAUGCUGAAGAGCUGAGCUCUUACCUUGGCAAGUUGUUUGAUUUCAAAAAGAUUACAAUAGACCAAGAAAAGAAUGUAGUGAAGCCCUCAGAGGCAGUCAUGGAAGAAGCUGAUCCAGUUUUGUCAGUACUAGAAUGCCUACCUUACUGCGUCAAGGGUAAAARUGCCAAAGAAAAUAAAGAAUGGGUUUUAAAUCCAGGUGGAAAAACKCCAGUAGCGAUAUUGCAUGAGUAUUCCCAAGCUGUUCUUAAAGAAAAACCUGUUUAUGUCUCUACUGAGUGUGAAAAUUCUUCCACUCCUUUCAUGGCUGAGGUUCAGAUCAACGGGAUUACMCACGGCAGUGGUAUGGCAUCCACUAAAAAGCAAGCCAAACAGAUCGCYGCAGAAGUCGCAUUGGAAGUGUUGCUGCCUCAUGCCUUUCAUAAAAUACGAGAUUAUGUCAUCUCUAGAGAGGAAUUAGAGUGUUUUGAUAAGUUGAAAAUCGACAAUCCUAAUAUCCACGAGCUGUCAAUUAAAUCUGGUCUUCCUAGYCCUUCACAGGUUUUACAAGAAUGUUUGAAAAGAAAUCAAGGUGUUUGCUCAUCUACUAUCCACUUCAAGAUGAUUCCCGGUCAAAAUCAAGAACACACAUUUAUAAUAUCAUGUGGAAAACACCAAGCAGAGGGGCCAUGCAAGAAUAAGAGRAUUGGAAAGCAGGUGGCAUCUCAGGCCCUGCUUAUGAAACUACACCCACAUAUAUCAACAUGGGGAUCGCUGUUGAGGAUUUACUGCGAUAGACCCUCUUCUAUUGUGAAAAAGUAUAAGACGCCAGACUAUGAUAGUUUAUCAAACUGCAUUUCUACACCUGAUGUCCCGAGAGGAAAACUUCUACUCGCUCGAUUGAAAGAAGAAAUGCUGAAAAUUGCUGAUGAUGUAAAUCAAGAAUCGAAGUAUUCUAGAUCAAGUGACGAUACUGGCUCAAUUAGCACUGUCGAUAUUUAAACUAUUUCACAACAAUGCUCUAUUUAAAACGAAUUUUUAGAAUCACGUCAAUGUACGUAAUAAUAAUUAGCUAGUAAAUUCUGCGUUAAUUACUCUUUUUAAUCAAUUAAAUUCUUCAAUUAAUUAUAAAUUACGGCAUGUAGGUAGAUAACAUAUUACUACAGAAUCAAAUGGAAUCAAAUGCAUGCAUUUUACUAAAAAUGGUGGUAAUUCCACAGAACUAAUAAAUAAUUUUUUAUGUCUAACGCAUUUGAUUGAUAUCCAUUCCUUCACAAAUGUCGUUSGCUUACUAAAAAGGUCAAAGCUGAGAUGUUUCCUAUUCGAUCACUAAUUUUAUUUUACGCCUAUGCAUUUAGUCCAAAUAUAUUCAACGAUCACAGAACGCACACAUGGGCUUCCUGUGGCAAUAUGAAUAAUGAUAGCAAUCAGUGGCGGAUCCAGGGGGGUUCCAUGGGUUCCUAGGAACCCUCCUCGAGCAUAAAGAAUAAAAAUAAAAUGAAUGAUAAAUGAAAUAAAAUGAAAACGCAUCGUACACAAUUGCAUCCGAGAAGAAUGAACGUGGCUUAUAUCUUACAAUAGGUAAGAGGCUUUAUAUUACACUUUUACCACAUGGCUGCAAUGUACGCACACACUGAACUGUAAAGCGUUUUGAGACUUAAGAGAUGCRCUAUCUAUAACUGCAUUCACGUUACAUUUGCUACAGUUUGAGAGGCACAGUAAAAGUGUUCGUUUUAGGAAAAUGCGAAAGCAAAUUGGAAGCCUCCUUUAAAAAAUCCUGUAUCCGCCACUGGCAAUAGUCAUUUCUAGCCUAAGGCAGUCAUCAGGGGUGUUUGGAAAUUUAUGAACAAGAUAUAUACAUGUCUUCCACGUGCAGAUCGAGGCUUGCGAUAAGUGGGUACGUAUGCAUGUUUUUUUAGCUGCAGGGAAAAUGAAUUUUGUACAUUGUAUUUAUAAACUACUCUUUAAAAAGGCUGUCUUCACAUGAUUUAUAUCUUUGAUGAUUAGUUUUGGUGUACGCUAAAGAUCAAUUGGUGUGUCGGGGUGUGCUGGAAUAGUCGCAUGCCUGUAAAUUGGUAAAAGUAAUGGUCAGUAACAAACUUUGAUGAAUCUAAAUCACAAAAUCUUUAUCUUUACGAGUUCAUAGGCACACUUCACAAACAUAGAUCACUACAAUUUACGAUAAGAGUGACAAAAAAAAUUUCCCUUGGCUAUUCCUUCUUUGGAUAUCCUCGGGUCAGCUCAAAAGACUGGGUGUCACCAGGUUGCUGGUUGCAUUUAUUGUGCAGCGACGCCAUUUUGUGCUCCAAAGCAGGAUUGUAGUUGUAGUCCUCGUACUUAUUAUAGACUAAAAUAUCUCCUUUAAAGUCCUUUUUUCGCUUUUUUUGUAGAAACKGUAAAACAUCUAUUUUGGCUUAGAAAAAGCAAAAAUAUUUCAGAAGGACUGUUUUAGCAGACAUGACAAAAACACGAGGACUACAACUACCAUAAUGCUUUGCUGAUGAUUUAAAAUGGCGCGUCGCUUCACAUUGCUUAUUUGRGAAAUAUGAGCCAUACGGCAGAUCCCACAAAAUUCAUGAUAAUACAGAUCAUCUCAAGGACACAACAAUGAUUUCCAGCUCCCCCACAAAAUUGAAAUCUUUGUUUGUUUUUCUYCAGGUGAAGCUGCUUUGAUGUCACAUUCAUGGGUUUAUACUUUUUUCCCUCACAUCCUAAUUAAUUUGAUGAUCAAACUGCCUGAAUGUAUAGAAAAUCUGCAUGUAAAAGAGGCAAACUACUUCAAUACGCUACACACGUAGUCAAGAGAGUAAAAUGCAACAUCGAAACAAACGUUGGUUAGCACUAGUUAACAUCAUGGUAGAUAUGAUGGUGUCACUUUAACAGAAUAUUUCUCAUUUUUUCUAUAUUGGUCAUAAUAUGUACUAGCUAGUGUACCACAAAUUUGUCUGGCACAAUUAUAUCAAUAUGAAGGAAAUAAAUUGARAAGAAGCA